AUGUCUGCAGUACUUAAUCAGCUGGAGGAGUUGCUAUCAGACAUGAAGUCGGACGUCAAUCGUCUUCCUUCGACACUAGUCCGAAUGCCUCCCGUCACUGCUCGGCUUAACAUGUCGGAGAGAGGAAUCCUCAGCCGUCUAACGAAACGUGGUGAGGGACCACCACCCAAUGUUACCAUACCUGGAAACACCAUCCAGCCCCCUUCCGUUCCAGGAAUGGGUUCAGUUACUAUCCAGCCAAAGGUCCAGCCCUUAGUGUUGGGCGGUGGCACUAUCAUGCCCCCUGUACAAAUCAGAGCAGGACCCCUGCACUACACUACAAGCUCUGUGUACCGCGCUCCACCCGUGACAGGCAGCAAUGCAACCAUCACAGUCCAGCCUCCUCCACCAACUACUCUAUUGCUUUCGGCCUCCACUGCUACAUCAAGUCAGGCCAAGCCCGGGCUCGUGCAGAAUAUACCUAAACCAGGCUCUCCGAUGAUCAGUCAUCACGUAAACUCACCCACCCCUACACAGUAUGUCACUACUCUUCUUACCAAGCCCGCUGUGACUGCGGCAUCCGCUGUACCACAAACAGCGUCGGCUCCUACCAGCUCUGGAGCCGUUCUUACUCCGGUCAUCAAUAGCGUUUACAGUUUGAGCACUGGCCAAACCGGAACCGAGUCUCCCCGCAGCGGUACACCCCCCGUUAUCCAAGGCGGAAUUGGUAAAAUGCUGAGCAAGUCUGCCACAGCUCUGGUGGAAAAUCAGAUCACUUCCAUAAUACGUAGCAAGGCUUCAGCAAUGGGUCUUAUAAGGCCAGAUACCUCAUCUGGCCCCAGUUCUCCCUCGGAAACGCAAGCAGCUUCGCCAGGACAAGGUCAAAGUACGCCCCAGGCCCCUCAGGAGGAACCCAGCCAGUCGCAUACUGUGAAAACUGGGGAUACCACUAAGGACAAAGAUCCUGAUGUGAUUUGUUUGGACUAA